ACUAAAACAUUUAGGUUUCGUUGCAGGCCGAGGAGGUGAAAAUAGCAAGAAAAUUUGAAUGUACAUUGUUAAAAAUCCGGGAUUAAAUGCUAGUGAAGUCGUCCGUAUCUAUAAAUUUGGUCCUUCGAAUCUUCUUCUGCGCAUUCAGGGAUUCGAGCGAGCCAAAUCUUGUAACAUUUAGCUCACUAUUUGAAUUUUUCUGAUAAAGAGUUCAGCCAACUGCUAAAUUCUACGGCGAAUGAAUUUGUUAGAGAUUGUCAUGAAAUAUUGACAAGAAAAUAUGAAUAUGAAUUUGGAGUUACUGGAAUUUGGUAUUUUGCGCAGAGAAUGAAGGAUUCGGAGAGCUUUUGGUCACUUUUUGGCUGUAAACAUUGGGAUUAAGGAUUUUCACGCGCAACCUGUAUAAAUUCCCGGGUUUCUGCCUCAUGCCUACGGAUUCAAGAUUUUUGUCAUCUAUUUUUCUGUUUUGAGAGUUUUGAGUUUCUUUUUGCUGCUUCUGGAAGCAUUCAUUGUGUGUUUUGCAUCAACGUUUAGGAGUAUUAACGAGCUAAAGGAAUAGAAAGUUUUGUUUUUAGCUUUGAGAAAUCUGAAUGAUCUUGCUGUUUAUUUAAAGUGGAGAUGACAACAUCAAAGAACCUAAUUUCUUGUGGUGAAUUUUUUCAAUGGGCUGUCCGCAAGCGCAUGGGAUGGGUGAAGCAACAAGUAAAGAAGAACGAGAAGAUUAUGGAGAACAAAUCCACCAUUUGUUUGGACAGACUUGCUGCAGCAGGAAUAAUCCCCUGUUCCCCACAAGAACAGUGCCAUCAAAUCCCUUGUUCCCCACAAGAACAGUGUCAUCAAAUCCAGUCAGCCCUUGAUAAAAAGAUAGCACUGCCCUCCAAUAACAGCUUUCAUUCCCUGCCACCACCUACUGAAAGAAGUACUAGUUCACAGCAUCGGACUAGUCAUAUAAUGUGCACCAGGAACGGCAAUAAUACAGAGAGAAGGAACACAAUGCAAGACAACAAGCCCUUGUAUCUGGAGACUUUUGUUAGGCCAAAAUUGAGCCUAAGCCUAUCCUUCAGAGAGAAAGAGGAAGAUUUCCUGGCAAUAAAGAGCUCAAAGUUGCCAUUGAGGCCCAAAAAGCGUCUCAAGUGUAUCCACAAGGCAAUACAUGAUGUUAGUCCUGGUUGUUGGCUUAGUGACAUUUCUCAAGAACGGUAUGAAGUCAGGGAAAAUAAAUCCACAAAAAAGAGACCAAGGGGUUUGAAAGCUAUUGAAAGAGUAGGUGGUGACUUGGAAUAAGCAGGCUGUUCCAUCUCAACUGUACUUGAGUGCUUACUUCAAUGUAUCUAUCAUGCAUAGUAUUCAAUCACAUUGAUUUGUAAGGUGAGAUUGGAGAUCACCAUUCAAUUUGUCUUACAUGACCAAAAAUUUCAAUCCAAGCCUUGAAAUCUUGAGGAACUCUUGAUUGGUUUGCAUGUGAAAACAAAAGAAAUGUAUAGAAAUCAAGUAACAUUAACAAUUAUGAUGGAUGUAAUUUGCUGACUUACACAACAAUCCCAAAGCAUUAUGAUGGAUGUUAGUCCUGGUUGUUGGCUUGCUCAUGUUUCUCAAGUCAGGGAAAGUAAAUCCACCAAAAAGGUAAUUUGUCAGUUAUUGAAUCAGCAGUUUCUUACUGACUGGAUGCAAACUUCUGUCAGGCAAUUUUUCUGUUUCUUGCCCUAACAAAUGCAGUAAGUAUUUGAUGCAGAGACUGAGGGGCUUGAAAGCUAUGCAAAGAGUAGGUAGUGAUUUGGAAUAAGCAGGCUUUUCCAUCUCAACUGUAAUUGUAAAAAGUAUCCACUUAUGUAUAUUGCAUAGCAUUCAAUCACAUUGAUUUGUUUGGUGAGAUUUGGAGAUCACCAGUUUAAUUUGUCUUACAUGACCGGAAAUUUCAAACCAAGCCUGAAAAUUUUGAGUGCAGUAUCCACUUAUGUA